UGCUGCUGCCGCCUCCAUUGUGAGCCAGGAGCCCGCGCUGAUUAGCUGCCGCUGCCCAGCGGGGUGUGUGCGGGGAGAGCCCUUCCCUAGCGCCCCUCGCGGCCCAGACGGGGGGACUUUCUCCGGGGGCUGGAACCAGCCCCUGGGGCAGCCCCGGGCUCUGCCGACACCAGCCCCUGAGCCGGAGCCUGCAGGCACACAAAAGUGGCCUGGGCGCCUUGCAGAAAGAAGUAUAUGUAUAUAGUCCACAGCCAAUUCAUAUAUUCUACGGCCGGAAGGGACCAUUUUGAUCAUCUAGGCUGAUCUUUCAACUCACAGCUGUGAGUGACAAGAAGGAGAACAGUCUGAGAUGGAGGAACCAUACAAGAUGUCUCUGACAAGAUCCAAAGGCAAUGUUUCUGAGAGCCCUGAGCAGGAAAAAACCCCUAGGAGCCCAGGCGAAUCAGAAGCACAGCAGCAAAACACUCCAGAGGAAAGUAAAUCUGCUCACAGUGGGCGAGGUGUGAGGAAACGCAAAGGUACCAUCGUCCGCCGGAGAACAUUCAUGGGGGAGAGGCCCAACAUCUGCAUUGAGUGCGGGAAAAGCUUCCUUCAGAGCUCAGACCUUAUUAACCAUCGGCGAAUCCACACGGGGGAGAAACCCUAUAAAUGCAUCGACUGCGGGAAGAGCUUCAGCGUCAGCUCAAACCUUAUCCGACACCAGAGAACCCACACGGGAGAGAAACCCUAUAACUGCCCUGACUGUGGGAAAAACUUCACGGACAAGUCGACCCUGACCCAGCACCAGCGCGUCCACACGGGUGAGAAGCCCUAUAAAUGCAUCGACUGUGGGAAGAGCUUCAGCCGCAGCUCCCACCACAAGAGGCAUCUGAGGAGUCCUCCAGGGAAGAGGCAGGGUAAAUGCACCCACCGGGAAAGCACUACUGUUGGGAAGGUCAAAGAAACCAAAGCGUCAAAGAAGAGAACCUCAACAAUCGAGAUCCCCAACACUUGCGCUGAAUGCUGGCAAAGCUUCAGCCAGAACUCGGACCUGGUCAAACACAUGAGGAUCCACACAGGAGAGAAACCCUACGAGUGUCCCGACUGUGGAAAAAGAUUCAAUGUCAGCUCAAACCUGAUCAGGCACCAGAGGAUCCACACGGGAGAGAAGCCCUACACAUGCACUGACUGCGGGAAAAGCUUCACUGACAAAUCUACCCUGACCCAGCAUCACCGUAUCCACACGGGAGAGAAACCCUACAUAUGCACUUACUGCGGGAAAAGCUUUAGUCACAGCUCCCACCACAAAAGACAUGAGAAAAUCCACAAGGGAAGGAACUCGGUGUCCUUCCUGCCAUUGUGGCCCUACCCCACUCAAACGUUCCUGACUCAGGUGGCAUGUUGGGAGCAGCCAGUGAGGCUGUCGGAGCCCAAUGACGAGUUCCAGAGGGCCAGGGGAGCUGAAUCGUUAUCCAGGGAAGCCAAUACACCGAAGAUGUCGCCCAGGAAAUCCAAGAGGAAUGUGAGCCAGAGCCCUGAGCAGGACAAACCCUGUGAGAGCCAGUGCAGGCCAGAGGAGCCAGAGCCCAUGAAGAAGAGACCAGUGAAACUCAUCCAAGGAAUUAAGAAGCGAAAGGACUUUGUGGUGCACCAGGGAACCCAGACAGAGGAGAGCCCCAACAUCUGCAUCGAGUGUGGGAAAAGCUUUACCCAGAACUCCAGCCUCAUCAACCACCGUAGAACCCACACGGAUGAGAAGCCCUAUAAAUGCCCUGACUGUGGGAAAUGCUUCGGCGUCAGCUCCAGCCUCAGCAGGCACCAGCGCAUCCACACGGGUGAGAAGCCCUAUGCCUGCCCUGACUGCGGGAAGAGCUUCAGCGACAAGUCCAACCUAACCCAGCACCAGCGUGUCCACACAGGUGAGAAGCCCUACAAGUGUAUUGACUGCGGGAAGAGCUUCAGCCGCAGCUCCCACAAGAAGAAGCACCUGCGGCACCUGAUGGGCAAGAGGCCAGGCAAGUGCUCGUCACCGCAGCAGCGUGAGGGUGCCGUGGGGAAGGCCAAGGCCAGGAGGAAGGUGGAGGUGCUGAACACGUGCACCGAGUGCUGGCAGAGCUUCAGCCAGAAUGCCGAUCUCAUCAAGCACAUGAGGAUCCACACGGGCGAGAAGCCCUUCAAAUGUACUGACUGCGGGAAGAGCUUCAGUGUCAGCUCCAACCUCUUCCGGCACCAGCGCAUCCACACCGGGGAGAAGCCCUACACAUGCUCUGACUGUGGGAAAAGCUUCACGGACAAGUCCACCCUAACCCAGCACCAGCGCAUCCACACGGGCGAGAAGCCCUACAUCUGCACCUUCUGUGGGAAGGGCUUCAGCCACAGCUCCCACCACAAGAGACACGAGAAAAUCCACAAGGGCGAGAACCCGCUACUGACCUUCCCCACCCAGACAUUCCCACCCGAAAUGUCACCCAAAAAGUCCAAAGGGAAUGUGGCCAAGACCCUGGAGAAGAAGAAGCCCAAGAACAAGCGUAAGUUGGAGAAGCCAAAGCGCAGCCCCCCAGAGGAGGAGACCCUGGUCUACCAGCCACUGCCCAAGGGUGACAGGCCCAACCUGUGCUCCGAGUGUGGGAAGAGCUUCCUGCACAGCUCGGAUCUGGUGAACCACCAGCGCAUCCACACGGGUGACAAGCCUUUCAUCUGCACUGACUGUGGCAAGAGCUUCCGGCAGAGCUCCACACUCAUCACCCACCAGCGCAUCCACACCGGUGAGACCCCCUACGAGUGCAGCUACUGCGGGAAGAGCUUCCGCGUCAGCUCCAACUUUGUGCGGCACCAGCGCAUCCACACGGGUGAGAAGCCCUACAAGUGCCCCAUCUGCGGGAAGAGCUUCACAGACAAGUCGACUCUGACCCAGCACCAGCGCACCCACACUGGCGAGAAGCCAUACAAAUGUGCUGACUGUGGGAAGAGCUUCAGCCGCAGCUCACACCGCAAGCGGCACCUGCGGAACCCGCCCGCCAAAGGCCGGGGCAAGUGCUCCCACCGGAGCGGGGAAGCCACCGUGGCCAAGGCCAAGGAGAUCAAGGUCAAGAAGAGGACGCCGACCAUCGAGAUUCCCAACACGUGCGCUGAGUGCUGGCAGAGCUUCAGCCAGAACUCGGACCUGGUCAAACACAUGCGGAUCCACACGGGAGAGAAACCCUUCAAAUGCACCCACUGUGGGAAGCGCUUCAGCGUCAGCUCCAACCUGACCCGGCACCAGCGCAUCCACACCGGGGAGAAACCCUACAAGUGCCCCGAUUGCGGGAAGAGCUUCACUGACAAAUCCACCCUGACCCAGCACCAGCGCAUCCACACGGGCGAGAAGCCCUACAUCUGCAUCUACUGUGGGAAGAGCUUCAGCCGCAGCUCCCACCACAAGAGACACGAGAGAACCCACUCUGGCGAGAAUCCUGACACCUUCCUGCCCUUGUGGCACUACCCCAGCCAGAACUUCUAGAGUUGCCGACCCCUCUGGCAGGGCCCCAGAGACAGGGGUGGGGUGGGGAGGGCUGUAUGAUUGGCUGGGUUAUGGGGACAGGGGAGGGAGCGGACUGGCUUGCUUGUCGGGGUACAGCUGGCUCGUAGGAGAACUAAUUGUUCAGGACCCUGGGGACAUGGAAAUUUGGUGGCUUAAGAAAGAGGUGUGUGUGUGCGCAUCUGUGACUGUGUGUUUUGUGUAUGUGCUUCAUGUGUGCUUUAUAGAAUCAUAACAAUGUAGAGUUGGAAGGGAUCUCAAGAGGCCAUCUAGUCUAUCUCCCUGUGCCGAGGCCUAGACCAUCCCUGACAGGUGUUUGUCUGACCUCUUCUUUAAAACUUCCAGUGACGGGAACUCCACAGUCUCUUAAUAACCUGUUCCAGUGCUAAACUAGCCUUAUAGUUGCAAAGUUUUUCCUAAUAUCGGACCUAAAUCUCCAUUGCUGCAAACAGCCUAUUCUUAUCCCACCUGCAGAGGGAAUGGAGAACAAUGGAUGGCCUUCCUCUUUAAAACAGUCAUUAACAUAUCUGAAGACUUAUCAGGUUCCCCCUUGGUCCUCUGAUCUCUGGGUUAAACAUGCCCAGUUCUUGCAACCUAUCUUCACAGGCCAAGUUUUCUAAGCCUCUUACCACUUUUGUUGCUCUCCUCUCAACUCUCUCCAAUUUGAUCACCUCCUUUUCAAAGUGUGGUACCCAAAACUGGACACAGUAUUCCAGCUGAGGCCUCACCAGUGCCGAAUAGAGAAGGACAAACACCUCCUCUGUCUUUGGUAUGAUCCUUCUAUUAAUACAUCCCAGAGUGAAAUUUCCUUUUUUUUCAACUGCAUCACAUUGACUCUUAUUCAAUUUGUGAUCCAGCCUGAGCUCCAGAUCUUUUCUUGCUGUACGGUUGCCUAGACGGUUAUUCCUCAUUUUGUCUUUAUGCAUUUCAUUUUUUUCUUCCGAAGUGUAGUUCUUUGCACUUGUUUUUAUUGAGUUUCAUCUUAUUGAUUUUGGACCAAUUCUCAAAUUUGUCAAGGUCAUUUGAAGUCUAAUUCUGUCCUCCGUAGUGCUUGCAACCCCUCCCAGCUUGGUGUCAUCCAUAGAUUUUAUAAGUCAUCAUGCAAGUCAUUAACAGAAACAUUAAAUAGUACUGGGCUGAGGACAGACCUGUGGGACCCCACUUGAUACAUAUUCCUAGUCUGAUAUCAAAUUAUUGAUAACUACUCUUUGAAUACGUCUUUAACCAGUUGUGCACUCAUUUUGUAGUAAUUUCAUCUAGACCCCAUUUUCCUAGUUUGCUUAUGAGAAUGUCAUGUGGCAAUGCAUCAAAAGCUUUGCUCGUCAAGAUUUAUUAUGUCUACUUUCUCCCCCCAGCCACUAGGCCAGUAACCCUAUCAAAAAGGGAAAUUAAGUUGGUUUGGCAUGAUUUGUUGUUGACAAAUCCAUGCUGGCUGUCACUUAUCAUCCUAUUAUCCUCUAGGUGCUUACAAAUUGUUUGUUUAAUAAUUUGUUCCAUAUCUUUCUGGAUAUUGAAGUUAGGCUGAUUAGUCUUUCCCCCCUUUUUAAAGAUAAGUGCUAUGUUCACCCUUCUCCAGUCUUCUGGGACCGCACCCAUACUCCGUGAGUUCUCAAAGAUAAUUCUAACAGUUCAGAGAUUGCUUCAGCUUGUUCCUUAAAUUACUUCAGCUAUUUCCUUAAGUACCCUAGGGUGAAUUUGACCAGACCCUGGCAACUUGAAUACUUCAUCUAUCUUAUCUAAAUGUUCUUUAACCCAUUUUCCCCUAUUCUGGCUCAUGUUCCUUCCCCCUUGUAAAUAUUAACAGUGUUAAUCACCUGGUCACAGUCCACCAUUUUAAGGAAGACUGAAGCAAAAAUGGCAUUAAACACUUCAGCCUUUUAUGUGUCAUCCAUUAUUGCUCUUUUUUCCCAUUGAAUACUGGACCUGCCCUUUCUACCUUCUUACUCUUCUAAUGUAUUUACAGAACUUCUUCUUAUUGCCCUUUAUGUCUCUUGCUAGGUGUAACUCAUUUUGUGUCUUAGUCUUUCUGAUUUUGUCCCUACAUGCUUAUGCUAUUCUUUUGUACUAAUCUGUAGCAAUUUGUCCUUGUUUCUACUUUUUGUACCAUUCCUUUUUGAUUUUCAGGUUAUUAAAUAACUCCUGAUGCAGCUAUGUUGGUAUCUUACUAUUCUACCUAGAGGUUGCUGUUGAGUCUUUAAUAUUGUCUCUUUUAGAAAUUGCCUCUAUAACUCCUUUUUCCCUUAGAUUUCCUUCCAGUGGGACCUUACCUAUCAAUUCUCUGAGUUAUUGAAAUUUGCUUUUUUUGAAGUGCAUUGUCUGUGUUCUGUAGCUCUCACUCCUUCGUGCCCCUAGAAUCAUAAAAUAUGUCAUGUUCACUUUCACACAAGUUGCCUUCCACCUUCAGAUUCUAACCAGUUCCUCCCUGAACAUAAAAACAUAAGAAUGGCCAUAUGAGGUCAGGCCAAUGGUCCAUCUAGCCUAGUAUUUUGUCUUCUGACAGUGGCCUGUGCCAGAUGCUUCAGAGGGAAUGAACAGGGCAGUUUUCAAGGGAUCCACCCCCGUCAUCCAGCCACAGCAUCUAGCAGUUACUUUUAGGGGCACCCAGAGCAUGGGGUUUCCAUCCCUGCCCAUCUUGGCUAAUAGCCAUUGAUGGACCUAUCUUCCAUGAACUUAUCUAGUUCUUUAUUGAACCCAGUUAUAGUUCUGGCCUUCACAACAUCGUCUGGAAAAGAGUUCUUCACACAAUGCACACGGAGCAUGUUGAAGUACUUCCUUAUGUUGUUUUCAACCUGUUGCCUAUUAAUUUCAUUGGGUGACCCCUGGUUCUUGUGUUAUGUGAACAAGUAAAAAAUACUUCCCUAUUCAUUUUCUCUACACCAGUCAUCAUUUUAUUUAUAUCUAUCACAUCUCCCCUCAGUUGUCUCUUUUCCAAGCUGCACUAUCCCAGUCUUUUUAAUCUCUCCUCAGAUGGAAGCUGUUCCAUUCCCCUAAUCAUUUUUGUUGCCCUUCUCUGUAAUUUUUUCAAUAAUCUUUUUUGAGAUGGGGUGAUCUGAACUGCACAGGGUAUUGAAGGUGCGGGCAUACCAUGGAUUUAUAUAGUGGCAUUAUGAUAUUUUCUGUCUUAUCUAUCCCUUUCCUGAUGGUUCCUAACAUUCUGUUAGCUUUUAAAGCUCCUUCCCAUUGCCUGAGCUAUGAACAGAGGCUUUGGUGUCUGUGAGACUCAGACCUUUUGUUUUAACGCCUGUAUGAUAUGAGUUCCAGGGUCUCAGCCCUGUCUCUAGCAGCUCAGGUAUUUACAUCAAAAAAACACCACCAGCAUCAAGAUCAGAACUAGCUGGUCCCCUGGGGACAGUGUCAUCUGGGAGGUGAAGUCUUUUAUGGGGAAGAAACUGAACUUCUGUCUUCUUCCUGGAACCGAUUCCUGCAGACCAGGAGAGAAGAGAGAGAGAGAGCGUGUGUGUGUGUGUGUGUGUGUGUGUGUGUGAGAGAGAGAGAGAGAGAGAGAAAGAGAAUGAGUGGUUGUGUGUGUGUACGUGUAUGCAUGUGUGAGUGGUUUGUGUGUGUAUAUGCAUGCGUGUGUGCAUAUACAUGUGUAUGUGCAGUGCACGUGUGUGAACGAGUGUGAGUUGUGUGUCUGCUUGGGAGUGUGCAGGUGUGUGGAUGAGAGCGAGAGAGCAUGCAGGGGUGUGUGUGUGUGUGUGUGUGUGCACGCACAGUUUGGACUGCACUGCCAGUGCUGUGCAUCACACAGGACUCUGCUGAGCCUGGCUCCUCUCCCCAGCACUGAUCCCCGUCUCUCUCUCAUACAGUUGGUUGGAUCCGACACGGAUCCAGCAGAUCCCCAUGGGCUGAUACAUUUAGAAAAGGGGGGUUGUCGCUCCUGCUUUCCUGUGUAAAUAGCCCCUCCCCCCAGUUAAUGUCACUGUCUCUCUGUGCUGGCCCCCCCCAGCUCAUCCGUGACACACAGGACAUGGAUUGUCAUUAACAAAACCUUUGAACCAAACAUCACCCCCAGCUCAGUUUGUCUUGGUGUCAGAGCUGAGCUGAUGAGAGGCAAGAGCCAGGGGCUGGCGAUUCCCUGGUUCUGCAGCUGGAGGCAAAGUGCCCAGGGGUGGGUUACAUUCCCUUCAGUCCAUCCAUUGUUACCCUGCUCCCCACAUCACAACCAGCCCGUUAAUUGACAUCUCUGCCCCAGAAUGGAGAGCUGGGUGCUGCCGUGGUUCUGCUCCCCUGGUUCCGACUACCUGGGCCUCAGUCUCCAGAGUUUGUUCCUCCCCUGGAGCUUGGGUCAGUUCAGGGGACUCACAGCUGCACCAGCAGAGUCCUGGAGCCCAAGGGGUGUGUGGGAUGCUGCUCAGAGGUAGAGCAACUUCUCCCAGGGAGGCUGGGUGCAUGGACCCUCCCCGGCUGGGCUGCAUGUCUCCUCCUUGGCAGUGUCUCCAGAGCAGAGGGACAAAGACAAAUCAAGGCUUCCCUGACAUCAUGCAGCCUUAGAGGCCUGGGCAUGUCCUAGCCAGACUCUGGCCCUGACUUUUGACUGGGCAUUUGUAGCCCCUUUGGGAGCAUUUGCUUUUCUUCAUAAGAAACCUGCAGUGAUGCAAGAUGAGUGGUGGCAGCUGCCCAAUCAGACAGUACCUGUGAUGCUCCCUCUCUGGGCUUGCCCAGCACAUCUCUGUUGGCCUAGGCUAGGAGCAGCUACAGCAGAGCUCCUUUCAGCCUAAGCAGAUCCACCGACACAUGGCAGGGCCAGUCUGAGGAGGGCAGAGCUGCAGGGAGUCCAUUUGCUGAGACUGUGUGGCGCCUAGAACCUCAGCAUGCAGGAAGGGGCGCUAUGCAUCUGGAGCUCACAUGACCCUGGUGAGCAGCACUCUUGGAAGGAUUGGCACUAUCAGCUUCUGUCCCCCGAAAACGCCUGCAGCAUUUCCAGGUGGAUACAGGGCUCUCCUUUGUGUCCUGUCCAAAGUGCUGGGCUUCGUGGCUGUGCAGCGUUUAGCAGAACUGCUGGCCAGCAGUGCGGGAAGGAGGCUGAUACUUCACAGAACUGGCUGAAAGCAGCGGUUCUGCAGAGUUAGCUGUUUUCUCUGUGAGCAAAUUCUCUGCCACCGGGUGACAAUUUCUAAGAAAAUGUUUAUUAUUUGAAAUGGUUAGAGUAGUUUUUAUGAACAUAUUUGAAAUUGGGAUUGUUCCCAAAAUGUAGAAGUUUUCCAUCGGUUAUUCAGUAGUUGUGAUUUCCUGCUUUGAGCUGUGCCAUUUGUCUGUCUGGAUCAUCUAUCUAUCUAUGGCCCUUGUCACCAUAGUGUAUGAGUACCUCCACAGUGUUUCAAUAUAGAGGUAUGGAAUAUCCCAUGGUACAGAUUUUGCUCCCUGAUUGGCAGACUGACUUGACUUUUAUAAACUGCUUCCAUCCACCAUUCAUUUUCUUUCAUUGCAAAACAAAUUUUGUUCGUUCCUCGAACAAAUCUCAGCUAAAGGCUUCUGGCCAUGAACACUGGUUUGGGCAAAGCUCUAUUUGGAGAACUGUUCACAAAUAACAGGGCAUGAACAAAACAAUUUGAGAGCUGGUCUUCAAAGUUCGAGGAACUGUUCGCCUGGUUUUUACACUACUCAGUCUGCUUUAGUCUAAUUAAAGGUGCUAUUCAUUAUUUUGGGUCAAAAUAAAAUACACAGGUGAAGUAUAGUUGAAUGCACUGGAAAGGCACAUGUGUCUAAUGAAACUCUGCCUGUAUUGCAACAAAACUCCAGCUUGUGGGGGCUGCAAGAGCUACUGAGCUGAAGACAUCAGAACAGUAAUUGUCAGACUGGCUCUUACACAUGGUCCCUCCAGCUCAGUCUCCCAUCUCCAACAGUGGCCAGAACCAGACACUUAACAGGAAGGUGCCAGAAACUGUGCAGUGGGCAGUUAUGGAAUAGCCUGCCCAUAGGAGAGGUUUUCUCUGGGAGCCAGCGGAGUUCACAUCACUGUCUGCAGAAGCAUCUUCUCGGUGCAGACUUCUUUGGCUCUCUCUCAUGGCGAGUGAUAAUGAAACUGCUUAUAAGGAAAUCAAGCUGUGGAAAAUACGGUUUUGUUAGAAGUAGGUUCCUCUCACCGAGAGAGAGAGAGAGAGUGCAGAACAUACAAUGCAGUGGUGUGAGAUACAUGUCGUGGCUGGGCUUUCCAAAGGGGCACUGUUUUAGGGUGACUGAUACAAAAGGGGAAGGAAUACAGCCGAGCAGAGACAGAACACAUUCUGCAUUUCAGUAGGCAGACAAAUUGCUUUGGUAAAAGUUAUAUCAAUUUUCUUUUUUCAUCAGUUCAACCCAUUUGCCCCAUCUUCCCUUGGAGAGUUCACGGAUAAUCUCACACGGAUAGUGAGACUCUCCAUGGCUCUUCUGAUCAUUCCUCUUUCCGCAGACACCAUUUUGUUCUGCACCCCUUGGCAGCAGUGACAAGAAUCUUAAACAGGGUCCUGCCUUUGUGUCAUUUCAGUAACCCUGAACCUUUCCUUGACACCAGAGUGUUCAAGAUUUUGGGAAUGUGUUUCUGAAAUAACUUGUGCAUCAAUUCUCCAACAUCGGACCAGAAGCUUUUUGACUUGAGGCGAUCCCAGAUGAUACAGAGACACUCCCCUACAUUCUGGUGUCCCCUCCAGCAUUUGGAUCAGAACUCUGUCUCUGUUUUGUUUUGUAUUGUUUUGUGUGAAAAUAUCAUUUCUACAAAAGGAGAAGCAUACUCUAUUUCUAGUAGCACAGCAUUAUAGCCUUCCAAUUAUCUAGGGAAAUUUGCUAGGUCAUUUCCUUUCCCCAAACUAAUUUUCCAUUAUCAUGUCCCUGUAACUAUGUAGAAACUAGUUCAGACAAUGUCGCUAUUUGAUUUUGUUUUCAUUUAACCAGAGAUCUGAUUAUCUUGUAAUUUCCUUAUAUGGAUUUUCUACUGGGGAGAAAUCUACUUUUAUCAGUCUCCAGUUCUUAUGUUUUUGUAAAUAAUAUCUUAAUUGUAACACAAAAGACCGGUCUUUUGACUUAUAUUGCUCUUAAAAACAGUCUUUUAAACGA